GUAAGAUUAUUUUAUGAACUUUGAACUUUGAGAUGCUCUUGUUGAUAUCACCUGCCGGUGCUAUAACAUCAAUAGUACACAAUUUUAAACGCAUUAUUCCAGCAGUAAUGGCCAGCGACAUUAGAAAGCAAAUGAUGGAGAGGAUCUAUGAGUGUGCUGCUGGUGGAAAAACUCAAGAACUAGACAAGCUCAUUGCAACAAAGGAUCUUGACCUGGAUGCAAAGAAUGAGAGAGGUUGGACAGCUUUAAUGUUUGCAGCUCGGAAUGGACAAUCUGCAAUAUUGAAGAAACUGCUUGAGAGAGGGAGUGACCCUUCUAUAAUGAAUUCAACUGGACAGACAGCAUUGGAUAUUGCAUCUUUUUGGAACCACCAAGAUGCUGCUAAAGUGCUCAAAGAGAAACCAGAAACUGCUAAGAGCAGUGAGCAGGUCAUAAAUUAUUUUGGCCACCACAUCCUUGACAGGGCAGCAGAUAAAAGAAAGAAUCCACAAUGGAUUAGCCAGGCAAUGAAAAAGUCAGAUUCGAAAUAUAUUAUAAUAUCAGAACUAAGACCCUUGACUCUGACAUCUGGUCAUCUAAGCAGUGGGUUCAUGAAAGGGAAAGGGAAAAAACUUUGUAUUUUAUCUUAUGAAGACAUAUCAAACUUUCUUGAUAGCAAACCCACCCCACCAUUGCUUUUCCUUGGUAUUGAGCCUAUUUUGGAACCAGCCCAAGGCAAGCCAUUAGAUAGACUAGGAGCAGAGGGCAUUCCAUGGUUUGCAGUGGAUCUUACAGGGAAAUUUGAAGACUAUGAUCAAGCAGCAAAAGCAUUCCAUCCUGAAGCCGAAUUUCUAUCAGCAGAUUUUCGUUCAGCCAUGGUGCUUCCUGAAACAGAUGCUGCCAUUUAUGCCCAAGCCAGGUCCUUGCUUGACUGGCAUGCUCGCUACAAAUUCUGUUCCACAUGUGGUAGUCCCACUAGAAUGGAGGAAAGUGGUUAUAAGAGGAUUUGUGAGAACCAAGAUUGCAGUUCACUCAAAGGUGUCCAUAACACUAGUUAUCCACGUGUUGAUCCAGUGGUAAUAAUGCUGGUCAUAUCACAAGAUGGCCGCAGAUGUCUAUUGGGAAGACAAAAGAGAUUUCCAAGUGGAAUGUUUUCUUGCCUAGCUGGAUUUAUGGAACCAGGGGAGACAAUGGAGGAUGCAGUGCGCAGGGAAACAUUUGAAGAAAGUGGAGUGAGGGUAGGAGAAGUACACUACCACUCCUGUCAGCCAUGGCCAUUCCCCAGCACUUUGAUGAUUGGAUGCCAUGCCAAAGCUACAAGUGAAAAUAUUAAGGUGGACAAGGAAGAAAUUGAUGAUGCCAGGUGGUUCACGAGAGAGGAAAUACUGCUGAUGCUGACAGGUCAACACAAAGAUGGCUUCUUUGUUCCACCGCCACAAGCUUUAGCACAUCAAGUUAUUAAGGCAUGGGCAAAGAUGCCAUCCAAUUUGUAAAAUUUGGUUUUAUAUGGACAUAUAAGCAUUACAAUAUGUUCAAAUUUUGAACUGACACUUUUUGCAGAGAUUUAUACUGACAUGUCCAAAAUUUGACCUCGUAAAGUUGGAUGUAAUUUGAUAAGACAAAUGUGCUGCUUUUCAUAAUGCUGUACAUUGUGCAGCACAUACAAUUGUUUAUAAUAUGAUCAAAAGAUGAUUCCAAAUUUCACAAUGGUUUAUUUGUUUCUUGGAUCAAUCUCCUUCUGAAACCUUUUAGGGUCUUGUUUCAUGUUUUAAUUAUGAAGUUAUAAAAUCAAAUUAAGAAUCAUAGCUCCAUACUGAAGUUCAGGGAUUCUAUUUGCUUCAGUAUAAUUGUAAGAGAAAUAAGGAUAUACAGUAACACAACUUAUUAGUCUAUAAUUUGAUCAUACUGAAAUUUUUUACUUAUACAUGUUAUCUUUUAAAACAGGCAACAUUUUCAUGAUCAGAUUGAUUAAUUAGAACCUUACACAAAAGUGUUGUUAAUGUGAUCUAUGACUGUGAUACCUCAUUUAAAGAUGUACUGCGAAAUUAUUCAUGUAAUAUUUAUUUACAUAUCUUCACAGACAAAGUUAUAGCAAGUAACGUCCCCAGUUAAAUGCAUUUAUUAAUUUUCUUUAUAAAAAGAAAUCUUUCAUAUUCUAUUUUAUUUUGGUGAUAAUAUAAGGUCAGAUUCUUAAAACAGGUGUACAGUCAAUUAUUUGAAAUGGUGUGUUUCACUGCCAAACAUUUCAGUUAAAACUGUAUUGAGCAAAGGUGCAGUGAAUAGAAAAUGGGUUCAGACUUAACAAGAGACCAUUUGGUGAAACAAGAACUAAAACGAUUUCAACCAUGCCUUUUACUUUGGUAUUACAUUAAGAAAUAUGUACCAUGUAUUAUGAAACUUGUACAAAGGAUGCAUUCACAAUUUUAAGAGUGAGAUUUUACCUAAUAUCAAACCACAUUUUGUAAAUUAUAUCAAAUAAAUUCAUGAAUCAGUCCAA